UCCACACCGGAGCCGCCGAGCAUCGACUGGGCGAUUAUGCCGCGAGCCCGGAGCGCCGGGAAUUCGCAGGGAGCCGAGCCAGCCGAGCACGGGAGCCGGCUGUGAGCGGGGGAACAGGGGCAUGGCUGGGCCCCCCAUGCUGCGGGGGUGAGGAGGAUGAGCCCUGCAGCCGCCGAGAGCCGCCGCCGCUGCGGGGCCAUGCCCCAGCGCCGCGGGCUGCGCUGCGCUCCGGGCGCCUUGGGGCUUUAGAGGAGGAGGAGGAGGUCGUGUUGGGAAGGGAGAGCGAUGAACUGAAGAUUAAACAUGUAUGGGAAUUAUCCUCACUUCAUUAAGUUUCCUGCGGGCUUUGGCAAUUCCCCCGUGCACGCCAGCUCCACGUCCGUCAGCCUGUCCUCGGGGCUGUCCACGGGGAGCCCGGUGCUGGAGGGGCCCCCCGGCUUCCUGGAGCCCCCCGGGAGCGCGGCGCGGGCGCUGCCAUCGCCCAUGAGCGCCCUCGGCUCCCCGGUGAACGCCCUGGCAUCGCCCUACAGGGUCAUCGCCUCCUCCCUGGCCUCCCACCCCGUCGCCCUGUCCUCGGCCCCAGGGAUGAAUUUCGUGGCACACGCCAGUCCACAGCUCAAUGUCCUGAACAAUGUCAGCAGCUCGGAGGAUGUCAAGCCCUUGCCGGGUCUCCCGGGGAUGGGGAACAUGAAUUAUCCAUCCACAAGUCCAGGAUCCCUAGCCAAACACAUCUGUGCCAUCUGUGGGGACAGGUCCUCAGGGAAGCACUAUGGGGUGUACAGCUGUGAGGGCUGCAAGGGCUUCUUCAAGAGGACGAUCCGGAAGGAUCUGAUCUACACCUGCCGGGAUAACAAGGACUGCCUCAUCGACAAGCGCCAGCGCAACCGCUGCCAGUACUGCCGCUACCAGAAGUGCCUCGCCAUGGGCAUGAAGAGGGAAGCUGUGCAGGAGGAGAGGCAGCGGAGCAGGGAGCGCAGCGAGAACGACGCCGAGGCCACGAGCAGUGGCAGCGAGGACAUGCCCGUGGAGAGGAUCCUGGAAGCUGAGCUGGCAGUGGAGCCCAAAACAGAGGCCUACAGUGACAUGGGCACAGAGAGCUCGACAAAUGACCCUGUCACCAACAUCUGCCAUGCUGCUGACAAGCAGCUCUUCACUCUGGUCGAGUGGGCCAAGCGCAUCCCCCACUUCUCCGACCUGACGCUGGAAGACCAAGUCAUUCUGCUCCGGGCAGGCUGGAAUGAGCUGCUCAUUGCCUCCUUCUCGCAUCGCUCGGUGUCGGUGCAGGACGGGAUCCUGCUGGCCACGGGCCUGCACGUGCACCGCAGCAGCGCCCACAGCGCUGGCGUGGGCUCCAUCUUUGACAGGGUUUUGACAGAGCUGGUGUCCAAAAUGAAAGACAUGCAGAUGGAUAAGUCGGAGCUGGGGUGCCUGCGAGCCAUUGUCCUCUUUAACCCAGAUGCCAAGGGUUUGUCCAGCCCCUCAGAAGUGGAAUCCCUGCGGGAGAAGGUCUAUGCCACGCUGGAAGCCUACACGAAGCAGAAGUACCCCGAGCAGCCCGGGCGGUUUGCCAAGCUCCUGCUGCGCCUGCCGGCGCUGCGGUCCAUCGGGCUGAAGUGCCUGGAGCACCUCUUCUUCUUCAAGCUCAUUGGAGACACCCCCAUCGACACCUUUCUCAUGGAGAUGCUGGAGACACCCCUGCAGGUCACUUGA